AUGCUGCUUGUGCCAGCACAAGAGCUUUCAGAUGCGCUGCGGGCCAGGCGCUUCAUUGAGUCCAUUCGCGUGACUCGCAGCGUGGCGCGCCGAGUCUCAGCCGCCACCAAUGGCCGCAUCUUCGACCUAGGCCCGGAGUUGCUCAAUCUUAUCUUCACCAAGCUCGCACCCAGCCCUCUGAACUUGGCCGCAGUCCCCUGUGUUUGCCAAGCCUGGCGCAGAAUAAUGCAGGAGCAGACUUGGCAGCAGCUGUGCCUGGAGGUUGCUCCGGGGUUGUGCAGAGCGCUGGGGUAUGAUGCAGCUGAUGGGCCUCCUGGUGGCUGGGCGGCAAUGUACAAGCUCCUCUUCUUCUGCGCGGCGCGUUUCCGCAUGUCGUGGUACUUUGACGGGUGGAGCUCCCUAGGGCACGUACAGACACAGUCUAGCGGUUUCCAGACAGGGCCGGAGAUCGCCUCAGACCUGCGCUUGAAAGACCAGUUCCGAAGGGAUGUCCUGUUUGUUAGCCGACCGUGCUUUCACGGAGAUGAGAUCGGAGACCGGCACUCAACACGGAUGCACGUGUGCCGGGGCCUGAUCCCGGAAGUUGCCAAGUCGGCCCUUGCGAAACGGGCGGGGGCGAGGAAGUACUCGGAAUCACCUCCCGAGUUGCAGCAGAGGAUGCGGGACUCAGCAAGCGACCGCUGUCAGUACUGUCAAGCACCUUCAUACGAGCUUGAGUCCAGGGUCCUAGCUGAUAGAGACUGUUCUUCCUCGGAGGACAUGGAUUCAGACGAGGAGCUAGAGGGGUUCGACUUCAGCGGUCAUGUGUGUGGGAACGGGCACGUUAUGCUUGAGAUUCUGGGUAAUCUUGGUGAGACGCCGUUUUCCGGUGCAGAAUCAGUGCGGGACGUCAGGGGAGGUCUCCCGGUAGAAACUAGUAAAACAAAGAAAGAGGUGUGUGGACUCUUUGGGUUGGACCCAACUGCUGAAUUUGAACGCAAGCUAUGGAAGAGUUUGGACGCGUUCUCGAUGUUCAGGAAGCUGGAGUGCUUAGCGCGUGAGGUUCAGGAGAGAGGAGUCCUGACAUAUGAGAUCUGUGAGGACACGGACAAGGACAGGGUGAGAACAAAUUCCUCGACAGGGCGGCAAGUGAUCCUUGACUUGGAGAGAGAACGGACGGGCUUAGAGAAGCAGAUUAUCAGAAUCAUUGAAGCUUUUGAGAGGGACUCAAAGGCGGACUCGGAAACGGAUUCAGAGGCUGACAGAGGACCUGGUCCAUUCUGGCAGGUUUCUGCUGACGCCAUCCAGUGCGUCAGAGAUCUCCUGUUGGCAGUGCCCCAGUGUAAAAGGAUCCUCGCUAGAUUCCUGACCGGGAGUUGCAAGCGAAGUGUCGGGACGGUUCUGGCCAGAGUAGAGAGGCUCAAACUGCUGGGUUUGCGAAAGGCACAGAUCAGGAAGGCGCUUUGGCCGUUCCAGAGAAGAGGGGGGAUGAGCCCUCGGAGGCACUUCUGA